AUGUUUAAACUGAACCCCUUGAGCAAGUUGAUAUUUCUAAGCAUUCUCAUAGCAAUAGGGUUUCUCAAUAUUGUGCUCAGCUGCGCAUUGUAUGAUAAUUGGCUUCCCCUUAUCGAUGUUGCCAUUUUCCUUGUCGCUCCGCUGCCCAACGCUUUAGCACAGUCCCUGUCAAGCGCAUACGAGGCUGAUUUCCUAUCGGAUUCCCACGAGGAGAUGCCAAUCAAGGAGUUCUUCAAAUUCAUGACGGGAUUUCUUGUCAUCAGCGGUAUCAUUUUCCCCAUUAUCCUCUUCCAUUGCCAUCUGAUCACGCACUGGAGUCUAAUUUUAAGUGUCGCGGGAGGUUUCAUCAUAUAUCUCAGCAUCGUGCUCUUUAUUGUGGGUUUCAAAGAGGAGCCAGAUGAGUAUGAUUUCUGA